GCUGCCCAUGGCCUGGGUAUACUCCCCCAAGAAGUCCGAUGUUAUGACCGGGGGCAGCCUGGCCACGAGCGGCGCCGGUUCUCCAGGCGGGAAGGCAAAGCUGGAGCCAGAACUCAAGGAGGAGGAGCAUUUGACCUAUGCGAUGGCGGAGGAAGCACUUGCGGAUGGAAUCUGGCGGACGGUGGAGAUUAUCUUCGCCGUCCCGAAUGACAGCGAUGACAGCGUCAGAACAUGCGGCGCCAAGAAUGCGAAGCGGCAGAAGUGCCACUCGGAUCCAAUCAACAUCGCGCCGCUGGAAUUGCGCCUGUGCGCGUG